GAGAGACAGAGACGCACGACACAGGGCUGCUCGGCAGAGGAGGACUCAGUUCACAGUCAGCCUGCGGUCUAAAUAAGCGCUGCGUGUCCUCCUCUAAACCGCAGUUUUGUGUCGGUUGUGGAUCGCGUUGAGGAGAAAGGCGCACUGUGAGGACUGCAGCGGCCACUCAGAGGGGAAUAUUGCUACAAGACUCCGCAGAAGAAGAAGACGAUUACUAGGGUCCUGUGACAACUCCUAAUGAUUGCUCAAUCUGACAAUCAAGAGCUGUUGCCCUGAUUGCUGCUUGUUAGGCACAGCUUUUCAUUAAGCAAAGAUGUCAACUGCGACUGAAAAUGGGAUUGGAGGGCCUCGGAGCACAGAGAAAACCUACAAGAAGACCACAUCAUCAGCACUGAAGGGAGCCAUUCAGCUCGGUAUUGGCUAUACAGUGGGAAACCUCACCUCCAAGCCCGACAGAGAUGUUCUUAUGCAAGACUUCUAUGUGGUGGAGAGCGUCUUUCUGCCCAGUGAGGGAAGCAACUUGACUCCAGCACAUCGCUAUCCUGACUUCCGCUUCAAGACAUACGCCCCGCUGGCCUUCCGCUACUUCAGAGAUCUGUUCGGCAUCAAACCAGAUGACUACCUGUACUCCCUGGUAAAUGAGCCUCUCAUUGAGCUGACCAACCCAGGGGCCAGUGGCUCUCUCUUCUACUUGACCAGUGACGAUGAGUUCAUCAUUAAAACCGUUCAGCACAAGGAGGCCAAGUUUCUCCAGAGACUGCUACCCGGAUACUAUAUGAACUUGAACCAGAAUCCACGCACACUGCUUCCCAAGUUUUACGGCCUGUAUUGCAUCCAGUCUGGAGGCAUCAACAUCCGACUGGUGGUGAUGAACAAUGUGUUGCCUCGCUCUGUCAAAAUGCACUACAAAUACGACUUGAAGGGAUCCACUUAUAAGAGACGAGCGUCCAGGAAAGAGAAAGAGAAGGCCUGUCCAACCUACAAAGACCUGGACUUUCAAGACAUGCACGAGGACGGGCUUUACUUUGACGCAGAGACAUACAACAAUCUUAUGAAGACACUGCAGAGAGACUGUCGGGUGCUGGAGAGUUUUAAGAUCAUGGACUACAGUCUUUUGCUGGGUGUACACGUCCUGGACCACAGAGAGGGGGGUGAGCAGGGCCAGGCCGGGUGUGACGGGAGGAGACCCGUGGCUCAGAGGGUGCUCUACUCCACUGCCAUGGAGUCCAUCCAAGGAGACGGCAAGGCUGCUGAAGCCCUCACCACUGAUGACACGAUGGGCGGCAUCCCUGCCAGGACACACAAAGAUGAAAAGCUGCUCAUCUACCUGGGUAUCAUAGAUAUUCUACAGUCAUACAGGUUCAUUAAAAAGUUGGAGCACUCGUGGAAAGCCCUGGUGUACGAUGGUGACUCUGUCUCGGUCCACCGACCCGGGUUUUAUGCAAGCCGCUUCCUGAAAUUCAUGAGCACACGGGUCUUCAGGAAGACUCAGCCAAUUCGAUUCUCCCCUUCAAAGAGGACCCGCUCUUCCAUCCCUGCUCUGAAGUCGUCCUCACAGGAGAUCCUUUCAUCGCAGGCGGAUGAGAGGAACGAGGACAGGAGGGACCGACUGGUAGGAGCACGCAGCCUCGCCAGCCUAGAUGGACAAGCUGUGUUCGGGUCAUAUCUGCGUCCUGAUAUUGUCCCAGCCAACCCAUCCUUCUACGAGGGCUCCUCCAUGGGAACCAUCUCCUCCUCCUCCAUCUUUGUAAACGUGGAAAGCCAAACAGAAGACAGAGAUGACGUUGCAUCCAGCUCCACGUUCACCCUGGAGGACAGUGCCAUCUGCCUUACUUCAGAGCAGAGCACCAUGGAUGUGGACAUAGAUCGUGAUGAUGGAUCCGUUCUUGACGUCUACCUGUGAAAGGAGCAGCUUUACAAACAUUCAUUUCCUUCUGCCAAGCAUAAGACAAUCGCCACACCCCAUUGGACAGGCCAGGCUGGCGUAUGAGUCCACUUUCAGUGCUGCUAGAUCCAUGUUGCCACUUGUGUUUGCCAACACAUUAAAAAGAAACACUGAGAUUCCCCCUGGUUGUUGGACUAAAAGAUGCAGCGAUGGACAUGUGCAAGGAACCAUAUGACAUACUGUGUAACGUGCUGAACAUUAGACUGAGCUUUCAGAGCAUGCAUCAAUGCAGCACCAUUAGGUUUUAUAUGUGUACUGUUUUCAAGGCCUACCAAACAACUGCUAUAUAUUUGAGGAGAAGGUAGAUACACACCACACAUGUGUUUUAGAUGUUCUUUUUUUCCUGCUGUUCAGAAAGACCUGAAGGACACUUUAAUGAUUUGCGACUGCCUUAGUUGCUGAUAAAAUGAGAAAUGUUUACACUGAAUUUAUGAUGGCAUCUUUGUCCCUGAUGAAGAGGGACCCGACAGUGUCGUACGAAGGAUACGAGUCGGUUUGUGGCCACAUUCAACCCGUAUAAGGAAGGACUCCUAUGACUCGAUAAUGAAGCUACCGAGGCCAAACACAGGCUGUGAUCGAGUUAAAGUGCCCAGCUCUUCCUAACUCUGCUGCCCUGAGAGAAGCGUGACGCUCCAGCAGAGAGCAAGCCGUAAGUGAGGUGAGCAAAGACAGUACGUGAACCUCGGAUGAAGUACGGGGCAGGAGGACAAGACAGUUUUGACAUGUUAUGAUUUCUCUGAGGACACUGCUUUGGGCAGGUGGACUACCUGACAUAAGCACAGACGUGUGAACAUGCACUUUUUUUUUAAUAAUUCGAAUGCACACUUGUUUGUCAUUGACACUACAUGUACAAAGACAAUGAACGAACACUGUAGUUUUUUUUUUUUUUUUUUUUUUUUUUGACGUGGAACUAGUUUUGUGAGGUUUGCGUCAUGACUGAAGACUUUUACUCAGGAUAUCCUUUGAUAAUAAGUAUGUCCUCUUUAAGUUCAAGUUCUGAGACAUGCAUUCUGCAUUUGGAGGCAGUCUGAUAUCUCUCCAUCAAAAUCAUAUCCAGCUAUAAAUGUUUGAACUUCACGAUCACGUCAGUUGAGACCAUAAUUUAUUAUGUAAAUCCCAAUAUUUUACCAUUUGCUGAAAAUAUACUUUCAUCGCUGAAUGUAUAGACAAUGCAUAUUUAUAUAAAGAAGA